AUGGGCGACGAGGGGGUCGCGAGCGCACCUCCAACAGUCGGGCAGCGCGUGUACCUCGCUGGGACUGGCCAGUGGUGGACGGGGCGCCAUUUCGGGGCUGUCGUGGUGGACGUGCGUGGUUCAGAUGGGACCGUGAAGGUCCGGUACACGGACGGCGGUUUCAAGCGUUUCGAGUUGGAGGAGUUCUGGUCGUUGGCGUCGGCGCUGGACUACGAUGCCGAGCUCGACAGCUGGCAGGUCGGGCAGCACGUCUACAUAGCCGGCACAGGGCGGUGGUGGGCCGGCAGCUCUUUCGGGGUCAGGAUCGUGGACGUGCGCAGAUCAGAUUCCAUGUUGAAAGUGCAGUAUUCAGACGGCGGUUUCAAGCGAUUCAUGGUAGAGGAGCUUUCCGCGCUCGUCACCGAGCAGCAGGCUGCACCCAGGAAGUAUGAGGAGUGGGGCAACUCCUUCCGAGAAGGCCAUACCUCGCAGUCGCCCAGGUUACAUGGCGGGGUGGUGUUACCGUCAAGGAGGCGGGACCCGGAGCGAACCGCGGGGCCGGAGGAGAAUGCCGGGGCGCUCGCGGCGAGGGAGGAUGAGUUCCUGUCGCUGCGCUCGCUGCUCGCGGAGGCGACAAGCCGCUGGGACCACGUGGAGGCGCACAGGAUGCAGGGCCUGAUCGUUAAGGAGCUUGGCAACCCAGGCCCAGCAGAUCCUCCGCCGCCAAGAGAGGUCGAGGCCGCGCGCUCUGUGUUCGGACUGGCGUUGCAGCAGAGCCUCGACCGCGCCCUCGGCGCGGGCCUCGCAGGCGCGAUGGCCAUGACUCUGCAGGUCGGCUCUCUGAUGUGGCUGCGGACGACCAUGAACCACCAGUACAGGUACGGCGCGAGCAUGCGUCAAGCCGUGUCGACCCUCUUCGCCGAGGGAGGGGUGCCCCGGUUCUACCGCGGUCUCGGCCCAGCGCUGCUCCAGGGUCCGCUGCUGCGCUUCGGAGACACUGCCACGAACGCUGGGGUGCUCGCCUUCUUCGAUGGUAUGGACAUGGGCUGGUGCCCGGCAUGGCUGAAAACCGUAUUCGCCUCUUCGCUCGUCGCGGCUGGGCGCACUGCUCUCUUGCCGGUGGACACGCUGAAGACGAUCAUGCAGGUGGAGGGCAAGGGGGGCAUCCCCAUGCUCGUCGCCAAGUGGAACCGCAAGGGUGCAAGAGUACUCUUUCACGGAAGUGCUGCUUCGUCGGCAGCCGCUUUCGUCAGCCAUUACCCUUGGUUCGUUGUCUUCAACACGAUGAACGAUCAUAUUCCCAACUAUAGCGAGCGUCCGCGGCAGCUGGUGCGAAACGCGGAGAUUGGCUUCUGCGCGUCGAUAUGCUCCGACACCGUGUCCAACUCACUCCGGGUGAUCAAGACGUGCCGGCAGGCGGGCGAUCUUGGUUACGGAGCUAUUGUGCGGAACGUCAUCCAGGCAGACGGCGUCGGAGGUUUCUUCGUCCGCGGCCUGACGACGCGGAUCACCGCCAACGGGAUCUCGGGAAUCUCGUUCUCGGUGUUGUACAAGAUGUUCGAGGAGCAGUUGGCGCAUUAG